AUGGGCGUGUUGGAGUCCAACUCCAGCGGUAACUUGACCCCUGCCGCGUCCGGCGGCGCGCUGCCGCUGCCGGGCUACCUGGCGCUGUUGCUAUCGGUGCUGAUGGUGACGCUGGUGGCCACGGUGGUGGCGGGCAACGCUCUGGUCAUUCUGGCCUUCGUCGUGGACAAAACCUUAAGAACUCAAAGCAACUACUUCUUCCUAAACCUGGCCAUUUCAGAUUUCCUCGUGGGUGCCUUCUGCAUCCCAGUGUACAUCCCGUACAACCUGACAGGCAGGUGGAUGUUGGGCAAGGGUCUGUGCAAGGUGUGGCUGGUCAUGGACUACCUGCUCUGCACCGCCUCAGUCUUCAACAUUGUGCUCAUCAGCUACGACCGCUUUCUGUCUGUCACGAGAGCUGUAAAAUACAGAGCGCAACGCCACAUGACACGCAAGGCAGUGUUGAAGAUGGUGGCGGUGUGGGCGCUGGCUUUCCUCCUCUAUGGCCCUGCCAUCAUCUUCUGGGAGGCAGCGGUCGGCUACAGUGUGGUGCCAGCUCAAGAGUGCUACGCAGAAUUCUACUUCACCUGGUACUUCCUGCUGUGCGCCUCCACCUUUGAGUUUUUCACCCCCUUUGUGUCAGUGGCCUACUUCAACCUAAGCAUCUACCUGAACAUCCACCGGCGCAACAAGAAUUUGAGCGCGGGCCUCAACGAGAUGCCGACCCCCAAGCCGGUGAAGAAGCAGCGGGAUGGUGCCGCUUGGUCCGUGUUCUUCGUCAAGACGCGCAAGGUGUCGUGCAGUGAGCCCACCGCCAUCUCUGCCGUCAUCGAGGACGAUGAUGGACUGACGCCGUCCUCCUGCGUCAAUCUGGACGCCGGUCAGAUCCUGGCGCACAGGGAGAAGUCCUCGCCGGGCGGCAGGAACUCCAGGUCCUUCCAGCCCUCGCCGGCAGUGACAGCGCCGGGCCGCAGGGCACCAGGGUCCCGCCUUUCCCGCGACAUUAAAAUCGCCAAGUCGCUGGCCGUCAUCGUGUGCACUUUCGGUAUCUGCUGGGCUCCUUACACGCUGCUGAUGAUCAUCCGCGCCGCCUGCAGCGGGACGUGCGUGGCCAACUACUGGUACGACAUCACGUUCUGGCUCCUGUGGCUCAACUCGGCCAUCAACCCGUUUCUCUACCCGUUGUGCCACAGCAGCUUCCGAAGGGCUUUCUCCAAAAUCCUGUGUCCUAAGAGACAAUCGGUCCAGCCUCAGGUGGUGGAGCCACAGUCGUGUUAG